ACACUCCCCUCCAAAUAUUCUUUCUUCCCUUCACUUUCUUGAGAAAAUUCCCGAGAAAAAUAAACUUUCAUUCAGUAUCGAUCGUUCGAUAUAACCGGGGUUGUGAUUAAGUAAUUAAACAAACAAACAAAAAGAAAGAAAAUGUCUCUCACAAUCCCCACUAACCUCUCAAAGUCCAUGCUCAAGCCGAGGCUGAGCAACACACCGAAGUUGCAGCAGAGAUCCAGCUUCGUCGUCUGCUCCGCCGCGCAGCCAGAGAAGAGUUCUUCCUCUGCCGGAGAGAGCCAGCUAAAGGCCUUCUCGGCUGCUCUAGCGCUGUCCUCCAUCUUAAUCUCCGCGGCGCCGAUGCCAGCCGCCGCCGACAUCGCGGGACUGACGCCGUGCAAGGACUCGAAGCAGUUCGCAAAGCGCGAGAAGCAACAGAUCAAGAAGCUUGAGUCGUCACUGAAGCUGUACGCGCCGGACUCUGCUCCCGCUCUGGCGAUCAACGCGACGAUCGAGAAGACGAAGAGGCGGUUCGACUUCUACGGAAAGUCGGGGCUGUUGUGUGGGUCCGAUGGGCUGCCGCACCUGAUCGUGAGCGGUGACCAGAGGCAUUGGGGUGAGUUCAUCACACCUGGAUUGCUGUUCUUGUACAUCGCCGGUUGGAUUGGGUGGGUCGGACGAAGCUACCUGAUCGCCAUUAGAGGAGAUAAGAAACCUACGCAGAAGGAGAUUAUCAUUGAUGUGCCUUUGGCCACAAGCUUGGUGUUCAGAGGGUUCAGUUGGCCUGUUGCUGCUUACAGAGAGCUCGUCAAUGGUGAACUCAUUGCCAAGGACGUCUAAGCCAAACCACCACUCAAAAUUCGCCUCUUUGUAUGAGAUGGAAUACCAAGGAGAGGAGAGUGAUUAUGAUUGAGUUGGGAGUAAUUUGGCGAAUGUAUUUUUUUCAAGGAAAAAAAGAAAAAGAAAGUUAGAAGUAUAUGUUUGAGGUGUGGAUGGGAAGUGGGUGUGAGUACAUUUCUUGUAUCUAAUUGUAAAAUUUUUGUUGUAUGUACCAAUGGUUGCACCAAAUACCGUAACUUAUUAUUAUUAUUAUUUUUA